AGCAAGCAAGCAAGAGAAAACGAGAGAGCCGAGGAAGAGAGGGAGGAGGGAAAGAGACGAGGAGAGUGAGGAGAGCAGAACAGAAAGAAACACACAGAGCACACGGAGAGCAAAAGAGCGAGAGAUGAAAUUCCUCGGAGCCGUCUGCAUCCUUCUCUUCCUGCCCGAUUUCAGCCUCAACAGCAGCUAUGAAGUGCUGGAGAAGAAGCUGAAAGAGGUGUUCACAGAAAGAACCGGGAUUUUACGGCAACUCUCGAAAACGUCGAAGGAGCUGGACAGCAUAAAGGGCAACCUGCAGUCAAUGAAGAAUGAGGACUCAAUGCCCAAAAAGGAUGUGCAGAGGAUUCUGGAGCUGAGUCACAAACAAAGAGAAGAGAUGAGAUCACUCCAGGCAGCCCUUCAGAAGCAACUGGACGAGGCGGCAGAGCGAGCCGAGAAACAUCAAGCCACGAUCAAGUUCCUGAAGAUGGAAAUGGAGAAAAAGACCAAAAUCAUCAAAGACCUACAGCAGGAGAACAAAAGCUUGAAGAAUAAACUCCUUUCUGGGAAUAAGCUGUGUGACAUACAUGCAGAAGAGUCUAAAAGAAUCCAGGCCCAACUGAAGGAGCUGAGAUACGGCAAAAAGGAUUUAAUUUUCAAGGGUCAGCAGCUCAUGGACCUGGAGAACAAGCUACGAGUGGCCAAAGAGGAACUGGAGAAAGCAGCGCUGGACAAGGAGUCCCAGCUGAGGGCUUUGAAGGACACGGUCCAUAUCUGCUUCUCAUCUGUCCUACAAACCCAGACGGUGGAUUUACACAGACUGCCGGCCACGCCCACUCACUUGAUGCGAUACUCUCCGUUUGUCAAUAACUCAAGAGUCACCUUCAGGGAGCCGCACAUGAAGGACAUCCCAAAGGUUCCCAGAGUCACAACAAGUAAAUCUCCUGUGAACAUGGAGCUAAUGAGGAGAGACGGUACAGGAGUCAAGGCCUGCCAGAUGGUAAAGGUGGGUGCUGAAUGUUCCCAGAAUCAAACUGAGAGAACAUCUGUGGAGAAAUCAGACCAACCUGCGCACCACCAGCCGGGGACUCUGGAACACACCGACGCACAGACGUCCGUGAACAGCGGGAAGAUGGAGGGAGGAAAAAAGACACAGCUGGACAAACACAACUGAGACACGACUAAACAACACAGCUGGAUAAACACGACUAAAAGACUUGGCAGAUUUUUCCGUGUGGUAUCAGUUUAAUCAGUUUAACUCCCCUGACCUGUCACUCACAGAGAAUAGAAAGCACACACACGCACACACACUGACACACACACUGACACACACACACUGUAAGUAUCACUGCUAUUGUAGAGAAGGAACCUCAAAUGUCCGAGUUUGACCUGAGAUCCAGCAGCUUAGUACAACGGCAUGCACUAUAGACCUUUAGGUUUCUCGUUUAUAACCGUACUGGUCUUUUCUUUCUUUCUUUUUUAUAAUAACACGUCUGUUAUUUUAUCCUUUUGAGUUGUUUGGGAUUUCUCCAGAGAUUGUGGACAUCUUUUGAUUUGUGGUAUUUGUAGUUGAGAACUUUGUGGACUUGCACCACAAGCCGGAGACACAUUCACUCGUUGAAUCACAUGCACGAGCUUCUAAUUCACUUCACUCUCGGCCACAGUUUGCCGAAAGUUGAUAAAAGAAGCAAGGAUAUGGAUCUGACAUCACACUGGUUCUGUUUUGAAUUACCCGGUACUAAAAUUCCUCUUAAAUUACGCAAGAACUGUUGAAGAGCGAAGAUAUAAAUGUAAAGAUUUGGUUCUUUUUUGUGGUGGUGGUACUUUUAAUUUAAACUCUUCCCUUUUCUGUAUUCUGAAGUCUUAGUAUAAAUCGAGUAAAUCGAGUUGGCUGGCCAACUUUGAUCACUGAACAACCUGAAAGCUUUUGGUGCAAGAAUUUAAAGAGAAAAAGGAAAAAAAAAACAGACUCACAGUGAGUCGUCUCCCUGAGAAUGAUGUGCCAUGCACUGAGGACUUAAUCUACUGCUACAUGUCUCGGUUUCUCUACCUUCCUGUGUCCUUUCAAUAAAACCGUGAUUUUCACUAAA